UUUACGACAGUUCAGGUCGGAAGCCGCCCCAGGAUGCCGGUGUGUGUGCGGACCGCUCCGGCAUGGGCUCUCCGUGCCGCGGGGUUUGUUUGCAGACGGAGGCAGCCGCUCCUGCGGGUCAGCUCGGCGCAGCCUCGUAGGAACCUCUUCUCCCGGGAUCUGGUGCAGCGCGACGCGGGGAGCACAGCAGGGUCGCUCCGUGACGCCGCCCGGACAGCAGCGUGUGUUUUUGACGCUUCAUUUUCCAGAAGGAGCGGCCGCAGCAUGUCGACCGGCGGCAGAUCCGACCCGGCCAUGUCCCAGAGGAUGGUGUGGGUGGACCUGGAGAUGACAGGCCUGGAUAUUGAAAAGGACCACAUCAUUGAAAUGGCGUGCAUCAUCACAGACUCUGAGCUCAAUAUAUUGGCAGAGGGACCCAACUUGAUAAUCAAUCAGUCAGAUGAGCUGCUGGACGGGAUGUCAGAUUGGUGUAAAGAGCAUCAUGGCAAGUCAGGGCUGACCCAGGCGGUGCGGGACAGUAAAAUCAGCCUGCAGCAGGCCGAGUACGAGUUCCUGUCCUUCAUCAGGCAGCACACCCCACCUGGACAGUGUCCCCUGGCCGGUAACUCGGUGCAUGCGGACAAGAAGUUCCUGGACAAGUACAUGCCGCAGUUCAUGUACCACCUCCACUACAGAAUCAUUGACGUCAGCACCAUCAAGGAGCUUUGCAGACGGUGGUUUCCAGAGGAAUAUAAGAUGGCGCCUCAGAAGAAAGCAUCCCACAGAGCCUUGGAUGACAUCCGGGAGAGCAUUCGUGAGCUGCAGUUCUACAGAGCCAACGUCUUCAAAUCCCCAACGCAGGAGAAGAAACGCAAGAUUGUGGAGAACGGAGACAGCAGCAAGAGCUGAUCGAGAGCAUGGGUCCUUCCAUCUGCAGUAUGGCUGUGUAAUUUGCAAAAGGAAACCGAUUCAGUUGAUUAAAAAGAAAUAAACAAAAGUGACAUGAUUGUGACAUGAACGCUUUUAGUUCCUGUUAUGAUGCAGAUUGAGAAUGAGCCUUUCUUUCAGCAUGGUCCAAAGGUUUAAUGUGAAUGUUUCAUUGUUUAGUGCAAGAUUGUCGUAAAAAAGCUUAUUGAAAAGAAAGCUACUUGUUCGAAGUUAAAUCCUGAAGAGGAAAAAAAACACCUUUUCAAAAUCACCUAUUAAAGACAAAAGUCUUGUAUUUAUGUAUCCCUUAUUGUCUGCAAUUGACUUAUCAUUUCCCUUUUUUUAAAUGAAACCAAACAGAGAAUAAACUCAAUUGUCCCUGAGAAAAAA